AAGUCAGAAUAAGGAAAAUACCAUAAAAGGCGAACGGAGACUCUCCUCUUUCUUCAUCACCAGCAGCAAUGCAAACGCUACUUCUGCCGGCAACACGGGCCGGCAGCUUCACGGCGGUUCCUCUGUCAGCCUCUGCUGCCGCCGCCCCUCGUCUCUCUCAACCAUUUCUGCCGUUGAAUCCCCUGCCCACACUCCCUCUCAAUUUGUCUCGUUCGUCUUCCGCUUUCGGUUCCCCCUUCUCUCGUCAAUCAUGGAAGCUUCCUUUCACCGCAAGCGCUUCUUCUCAAGUGUCUACGGCUUUCACUGCUUCGAAUGACGAAUUAGAGAAGGCAAAACUCGAACAGGUGGCGAAGAGAUUGGAGAAGACGGCGAGGUAUUUCAAGCGUUUGGGUAACUUAGGGUUUUGGGGUCAGUUAGUGUGCACUGUCGUGGCUGCCGUCAUACUGUCAUUCUCCGUUGUCAUUACCGGAAAAGUGACAUCUCCUGCCACAUUUUAUGCCACGGCGGGUGGAAUAGUGGCGGCCUUCAUUUCUGUGUUUUGGUCCUUUGGUUACAUUCGCCUUUCGGAGAAGCUUCGAAAAACUGCAAAUGACCCCGCCAAGGCACCCCCUCGUGCUGAUGUAGUGAAAGGCUUGAAAAAUGGUAUAGUAAUGAACCUGUUGGGGAUGGGUGCUGCUAUUCUUGGGAUGCAAGCCACGGUUGGCUUGUUGGUUGCUAAGGCUCUCACUACCUCUGCAAACCCGUAUUAUCAGGGAAUUUCCCCUGGUAACAGCCCAGUUCUCGCAUUGGAUGUAUUUUUGGUGCAGGCAUCAGCGAACACUAUUCUCUCACAUUUCCUUGGGCUUAUUUUCUCUCUGGAGUUGUUGAGAUCAGUCACGUUACCACCUUCAGAAACGACUCCAUUUCCCAAGUUUGCAUAAUAUGUACCAAGAGACUAGUAUGAUGAAAUCACACCCAAAAAUUAUCCCCCGUUUCCGGUGGUUGUUUGCGUAAUGAAUUACGUUCCUCUUUUUUGAUACAGCAUUUUAAUGCCCUCUUCCUAGGCAAUUCCCGAAAUUGUGUAUUUCCAGUUUUAAAAGAACCCGUGCAAAUGUUGCUAAUAAACAUGACAAUGGCUCAACAAAUGGAGAUCCUUGGGCAGAUUAUUAUAAUGGAGGGAGUCGUUUUGGAGUCAUCAUCACUCAUAGCUUGUCUACGGUAAGAUCCAAUCGGAGAAAUUUCGAAAAUCAACUCUGAAAUAAUUGUAUAUUAGACCUGUCAUGGAAUCUGCGGGUUUUGUUCCUUUUCAAAAUACUCGCAAGCUUGUUUGACAGUAUGAUGCUAUGUUUUUGUCCUUGUUAGAGUUACUUUUUACCCCUUA